AUGGGGAAUAGACUUCAUGGGACCUUUCAAGCCUCCUCAAACGGGCACAACUACAUUUUGGUUGCUGUGGACUAUGUGUCCAAAUGGAUUGAAGCCAUCCCCUGCCCAGCCUGUGAUGCUAAGGUUGUUAUCAAACUGUUCAGAACCAUCAUCUUUCCAAGAUAUGGCAUCCCAAGGGUUGUUAUUUCGGAUGGAGGUUCCCAUUUCAUCAACAAGGUGUUUGAGAAGUUGAUGAAGAGUUAUGGAGUCAAGCAUAAGGUUGCUACGCCCUAUCACCCUCAAACCAGUGGGCAAGUUGAAGUCUCCAACAGACAGAUUAAGGCUAUAUUGGAGAAGACUGUGAGCUUCACUAGAAAGGAUUGGUCAACAAGACUUGAUGAAGCACUUUGGGCUUAUAGAACAGCUUACAAAACCCCAUUGGAAGGUCUCCUUUCAAUCUUGCUAUAUGGGAAAGGAUUGCCACUUGCCUGUGGAGGUCGAAUACAAGGCUUUAUGGGCAGUAAAGAUGCUGAACUUUGA